AUGGCAUACGCUCCAUCCCCUCGCUUUUGGGUAACCCUCUUUCGCACACUGCUCAAUACCUUUAUCCAUUCCGCUGGAGACGAUCCGCUGCUUGCACAAGCUCAUGCCAUAUGGCAACAUGAACCUACACAUUCGGAUAAUGUAUUACUGAUGGUACCUAUUGUUGUCGGAGUCAUUCUGAGCGGGCUAAUCCGAUAUAUCCUUGGACAUGUUUUGAUGUCUAUUCUCAUACUUGAAAGUGUGAAAAAUCAGGCUUCUGGAUACAUUUCUGAAAUGAGCGACAAGAAGCCUGGUCCAUCCAGCCGUCAGCUACUCCAUACCAUCGCCACCAUUUACCGCAAGGGUAAUUUCCGUCUCCUCCUGAAUGGCAUUGGUUCUGCCUCCAGCUAUUGGGUGAAGCACAUGUGCACGAAGCAGAUGCUAAUGAAAGCAUUAUUCCUUCCUGGCCCGGUCGCGUAUAUCGUCUCCUCGGUGCUGCUCGCUGAAUAUCAUUUCUUGUGGACAGCGCGCACCAUACUUCCACGCGACCAGCAGCGCUUUGUGCCUAAUUCUGGCGAUCGCCAACGAUGGAAAGCUUUGGUACCGGCCACGGCCUUAUAUGCGGUUGCUGAAUCGUUUAUGAUGCAUGUACCUGCGAUGUUUGGUAGCGACCUUGGCCCGUCACCUAGCACGGAGGUCUCGAAAGCGUACUUGUCGGGUAUUGUUGGGUCUGACAUCUUCGUGUCAGGAGCCAUGCUCGCCGCACAAUUGUUGCUUUUCUUCCCUUCAUUUAUAGCGUUGAUUCUCGUUCAGACCAGUCUGUUGCCAUCUGUGUGUGAGACGCUUGUCUCUGCGCCGGUGAACCGAGUGCGGCAGCAACAGCAGCGGGGCAGUCGUGUUGGAGAGAUCUUUGCAGCGUUCAACAAAGGCCCCCUUCAUGUACAGGACAUGACGAGAAUUAUUGGAGCAAGGCAUAUGUUGUGGUGUGUUGAGUUACACGCAAAGAUGUGCUUGAGUCUGGUUGGGGUUUCCGCUGUGGUGCAUUUGGCGGUCUAUAAUAUGAAGUAACGUCCCACGCCUGACAAAUGAUUAGAGACGGUGGUUCGCUUCAGGGGUUUUCUUUCGUCGAUAUCUGUUUCUCACCCGCGACACUUGUCUGGAAGUCGCGUCAUAUGCGGCUUUCAUGUCCCUUUUCCCUGUGGUGGCUCAGGCGUUGUCCAUAGCCCCCGUGCUGCACAAGCUCUCGCGAAUAUAAAUGUAUAUACCCAGCAAAGUGGUAUUCUGUCGCGAGAUACAGAUAGCCAGGUAUGAAACGAAUAUGAACCCAUCUAGAUCAUCGAUCUCAUAUUCACGACCACACGAGAUAGUCCACGAAGCCAUCGAGGAUAUCUCAAUCAAAAUGCUCCGCAACAUGGUGCGCAACAGCAGCUUCAUCGCCCUCAAAGACGUCACAGACAGGACACCGAAUAACCCCUGCAUCCAUACUACCUACUCCUUCCACCCCAGGAACCACCACCUCAUCAACACCAUCCACACCCCCAGCAACAUCCCUUCCCC